AUGAUUCAAAAGCGAUACGUGGACGCGAAUCAGUUUUGCCUUGGUAAGAAAAUUUUCGUUUCCUAAAGAAAAGGAACGCGAGUGUAGGGCGGACUGGGUUUAAGUCAUGGGCUCCAAGCUGCAACAUACAAAUAACAGUUUAAAAGUCCUGGACAUCUACGCCAUUCAUUAUUUAUCUAUCGCUACUUUAUGAGUUGCCCAGAAUUAGUCGGCACGUUUCAAAUUAAAAUAGCCGUUUUGCAUCCCGUGACUUUCUACAUCGUGUGUCUAAAUUAACACUCAUUUCCAUACUCCAGAAUAACAUUUUCUUCUCAGUACGACCAGUACAGUACCUCUCACAAGACAUUUUACUAUUCUUACAUGAAGUUUCUAUGUCUCUUGAAAUUGCUGCUUGAUAAAAUGUUCAUGAAAGUCUAAGUCUCUUCAAUUUUUAAGGAUCUGCAGUCCAUCACCUAAAUCACUACAUCACCGAGGAUUUGCUGACGAUUAAGGGUUUGAUUUGAAGCUAUAUAACAACAACCCUAACCCUAAAUAGAAGCUAACCAGCAAACCGUUUUUCGAGUUAGUGCUUAACCCUAAUCACUAUUUUCAGGACUUAACCCUAAUCGCUAUUCUCAGGGCUUCACCCUAAUCAAUAUUGAUAGUCCUUUGUAGAGAAUUACUUUGUGUAUGAAUCAUUAAUGUAUCAACGUCAUUCUAGAGUAUGGAAAUGGUAUAUACCAUGGAAAUGAGUGUUACUUUGGUCACGCUACUCGCGUUUAAUUGUUGGCAUCCGAACUCGAGAUCUUUCUACGAUGAUACGCCUCAUUCUUCCGUCUGAGGCGGAAACUAAAAUGGCGCUGGGAACCUUCGUCUUAGUUUCGUAGAUUCGUUCAUUUAGGGCAUUUUCUUCAGAGAUCAAUACACAGGUAUUAGGCAAUUGUUUUCGCGUGACUGUACGGUCUGUCUAGACUGAUUUUCUCGCCUCUAUCACGAACAUUGUACAUUACCAUGUUUGUUUCAGGAGAAAUCUUCAAAGGAACACGAACUCUCUGGUGGUCUGACUAACGCCUUUCAGGGAUGAAUCGAUUUUUAUUUGGAGUCACCUAAACGACCCUGAAGCUGCCAAAUAAUUCAGGUAAGCGACGAAAAGUCUUUAACGUGGAGAAGGUAAGCUGAACGAGAAUUUUGACGUCUUAGCAUAUUUUAGGUUCGGAUCAUAGAAUGGUAUAGUUUCUCCUAAGUUAGGAGAUUUAACAACUGGCUGUUAAAAGCGAUCUUAAAAUACUUCUUCUCAGUAUAUUGAUCAGUUGUUAGCCUUUAAACAGCUGCUGUUGGCGAGUGUUCGAGCACAUGAAGGCAUGUUGUUUCGUGUUUUCCAGAAAAGCGAUCGAUUCGUGUUUAGAAGAAAUUCGUUUCUUUGUCAUCACUGGUUUCUUUUCUUGAACCUUCUUGAGGCUGCACGACUUUUAGUAGGUACCUUUUAUUCGUUUUAAGAAAUCAUAUUGAUGACAAUGUUUAGGUUUAUUUCUAGAUUUACACCAUCACUGAUCUCCUUUGUAAAUGCAAAUGACAAUGUUCCCGCAUCGAUAACCAGACAUGCUUUAGUUGUAUUUCUUGUGGUUCCUAACUUGACUAUAUUUCGUUGAGAAUUAAUAAAAAUUGAAAUGUUUGUCAGUUUAAUUGUUUCUCCGUGAAGAGAAUCUUGGGGUGACCCGAAUCUUGAAGAGAACUGAGCAUCAGGGAAAUGAAAUUGAAAUUGAAAAUGAAAGUUGAAAUUUGCAUACCAAAAUAAGGUGAAACAGGAAGUUUGAUUUGUAAUGCAACUGUAUCAUCGAUUCUUGACAGCAUAUAUUAUUUGGAGUAAAUCUCUUUUUGUUCAAAACCGCCUUAUAUAGCCGUCUGUUUUUUGCCGUCGGACCUUUUAGUUGACGUGAACCAAAUUAUUCUGAAAAGGAAAAGAAAAAUCAAGCUACAAAUUUACACUUCUAAAUUGCUUUUAACGGUAUAGAAGGACGGACUUAUGUUUCCGUUCUAAUAAAUGUUUCUAGUACAGCACCUCUAUACGUGAUUUACUUUUUAAAAGUCUUGCAAAUAAGGAAAAUUUACGGGAAUAUAUAUAAGAUGUUCGUUUUGAAUCACGCUCAGCCGACAUCGCCUACUUAUGGCCAAUUUAACUCUGUUUUGUUCGUUUUUUGUUUACUUCAAUUUGGGUGACCCGAAAUCACUGAUCCCCGGUCCAUGGGCCCCCCCCCCGGACCUGGUCCACGGACCACUGUACGGACCCCCCAUAAAAAGACAAAAAUAACAAUUAGAGAUUUGACUUACCGUUUGUUUUGUUUUGUUUUUUGUUAUUGUUGCCUCCUUCACUGUGGCGAUGAAAGGAGGACCUGCGUACCUCGAAAAAGACCGACUGCCUCCGCCAUUAUGUUCGGCUCAUUCCCCCGCGUGUUCAUUGACUCGUCCCAGGCUUCACAAAAUAGUGCGCCCUCCACAAAGAGAGAUACUGAUGUCCAUUACAGAUAGCGAUGCAACUUCAGUUUAUUUGACAGUUAUGUGUUUAGUUGCCAAAUCGUUCAGCAGGACGACUUUGUUAUGAUUGAUCGGGAGGGAAAAUACCACAGACAGAAUAAUCCACACAUCAAAGGCAACAACUUUCGUAUAACCAGGUCCCCCUCAGCCUCACUCUUAUUCAAAGGCUUGGCAAAUACGUAGCCAACUGUAAAGUGGACAUCACUAUUAGAGCAUUGAGUUGGACAGAGUAUGAAAAAGCUUAAAAAUAAAGAAGGUAACAAUUUUUUGCCGUAUUAAGUACAUUGCAUCUCUUUUUCGCCGAACGAGCUUUAACUCCAUUUAAUUUAAUUCAAGAUACAGGACGGCAACGGCAACGACAAUGUCAUUCAAAAACCAACCUUGCGUUCCUAAUAAUUAAGAAAAAUGAAAAAUGGGUGAGUCCUCCUGGAGUUGAAAUUUUUUAAGGAAUCUUUUUUUGUAGGGAAAGAAAAAUCCGUGUGUUUGCUCAAUGAAAAACAUGAAAACAACGGGAGACACCGUGUCGUAUUUUUGAAGUCUGGGACGAGUCACUGAAUACGAGGAGGAAUGAGCCGAACAAAAUGGUGGAGGCAAUCGGGGGCGGCAGCGAAUACACAGGUUAGCUAAGUUAUCGGUCUUUUUCGAAGUACGCAGGUCCUCCUUUCAUCGCCACAGUGAAGGAGGCAACAAUAACAAAAAAACAAAACAAAACAAACAGUGAGUUAAAUCUCUAAUUGUCAUUUUUCUUAUCGUCUUUUUAUGGGGGGUCCGUAAAGGGUGUCCUUGGGGGGGAGGGGUGGGUCCGUGAACUGGUCCGUACAGUGGUCCGUGGACCAGUCCGUAGGGGGGCUCCAUGGACGGGGGAUCAGUGUUUUGGGGUCACCCCUUCAAUUUUAACCGCCAUGCACAGAUAAUUCUCAGUUUACUAGGAUAAGGAAGUGGUCUGCUUCCAUAUAAAUUAUACAUUACUGGAAAUGCUGUGCACUUAUGUACUAGUUAACGAUCGUUAAGCAAUUACUCCUUCGACUUUCACAAAGUCAUGCGCAACCGUGUGGUUUUGUCAGUUUGCGCACACCGCUCGCCUUAGAGUUUAAUGUUUACCCAUAUUACUGAUAGAUCGAGAAUUCAUAGAGGUCAACUUGGUCCGAAUUCUACUCAUUUUUAGCUCAAAUCCUGAACAAACGUUCUUGGGAUAGUGAUGCAGUAUUCGUAAUUUUCCGACAUUUUCCUGGGUGCCCAGAUAAAACAGUGAAAAAACAGUGAUAAAACAGUGAAAAUAUCUGGCAUUUCUCUCCACCCCCCCCCCCCCCCCCCCCCCCCUUUUUACUACAAUCACGACAACACAUCAUGUUGAGAUACGAUCACUAGUGCUCAACUUCUUCUACAUUCUCACGUGGCCCCACAAAAAAAAAAAAAAAAACAAGUAAAACAAACUGAAAACUUCUUAUUUUUUCCCCCCCCCCCCCCCCCCCCCACCCCCAUACAACUGAAUUGAAACUCGGGAAAAUUCUGGAUACAAGGUUAAGCAAACCUUGUUUGUGGGGUUGGGAAUGUGCGAUUUAAUGAAAGCCCCAUACAUGUGCAAAUAAUUGUGUCCCAAGACGUUUGUCCGUGAAUUUGAGAGCAAGGUUUCUUAGUUCGGAAAAAAUUGGCGUUGGUGAUUUAAUAGCGGAAAGCCUUAAUUCACCAGCAAAUGUUUAAGGUUUCGUGAUAAGUAGAAAGCCGCGAUUCAUUUUGUUUGUUUGUUUGUUUUAAUGUUCAUGCAAACAACAUUCCUUUCCACUUGGUGAUAUCUUUUCAAUAUUAUUUUCAAUUUAAAAUCUGAGGACCAGUGGUCUGAUCAGCGGUUCUCUAAAAAACGGUUCCCAGCAGUGAUACUGUGAGGGUCAGGGGUAAGUGAUAUAAAGAACAAAUAUUGUAUUUAGAACUCGUUAGCAAGCUUGCGUAAUUUACGUAGAUACUUAGUACCAGUAGUUUAUUGUCACAAUUCAUAUAAAGCCCUUGUUCAAAAAAACUUUUAAAUGGUUGUUUGUUAAUGUGUGAGGAUUUUACAAACUGAGAACAAAUGCCAACUUAAGGCACUAGUGGGAAUAGGGCAUAUAACUAUAAGGGUGUAAAUUAUGUCUUGCAGGUCUACUGUGAUGGCUUCUGCUCUAACAUUAGCUCCAUCCACCAAGGAGACCACUAAUUACGCAAGAUUAUGUCGCCUUUUAGUGGAUGGAGGUACCAAGGCCUUAAGAUAUACUUUUGACAAAUUCCACCCCCCAGCAAACCUGUUUAAUGUAUUGAAAGCUGGUUCUGCAGAACAUUCAACUCUGCAGUCCCUUAAGAAAAAGAGAAUCAUCAAUUCUACACAAUGGGGUAAGCUGUAUCCCUCUCCACCUUCAUCUGUAACAUCAGAAUACUUUGACAUCACGCUACUCAUGGUGCUUCUGAGGAACGUCUGCGGUCUGGCUGCUCCUGCCACAGGCUGGGACAGUCUGCCACCUGCUUCAGACACGAGUGUUGAGGCUAACAUAGCCAGAGUGAAGCACUAUAGAAACUCUGUUUAUGGGCAUGCAAGCCAGGCGUUUGUGGACGAUCCUACGUUUAAUUCCUUUUGGCAGGAUGUAAGUGCCGCGUUGGUUGUACUGGGUGUAGAUGCAGCUGCUAUCACAAAACUUAAGACUGAGACUAUAGAUCCAGACAUGGAGACACAUUACCGAGAGCUGCUAAAGGAGUGGAAGAAAGACGAAGAUAACGUAAAAGACAAGCUUAAAAAGAUGGAAGGUGUGAAUAGAUAUUGUGAAACAUCUUGGUUAUAAGUAGGGGCCUUGGCCGAACUUAUUGCACACCACAUAAUACUUUUUAAAAGGAUAAUGUAACUGUGUAACCAAUAAGAUAUUGUCUGGUGGAAGCUGUUGAAAUGGUGGCUGAGAGUUGGUCAAAAUAACGUUUUUGCUAAUAAUCGGUGCGUUUGUUUUUGGGAGGUGGGGUAAUCUAAGAUCAUUAAGCUUCAGUACUGCUAACCGAGGUAUAAGGGUCCAAACACCACUCUUUUCUCAGGCUGAUGAAUUUUAAUCAAACCUUCUAACAUCAUGACAGCUGUAGAUGUGCUCUUUCUUAUUCAACCGCAAAAAUUGUCGUAUGCUUUUCAAACGAAUGGUAUACAUUUUAAAUUUAUUACAUUUGUGCAUGUUCCACGAUUUCUUUUUUCAGGUGCCAUUCGAGAUGACCUCGAAGACAUCAAAAGUGAAUUAGGAAGCGUCAGUAAGACGCUAGAGAAUUUAGAAAUGUCCUCAGUCGAAAACGACGGUCAGUCUCUAAAUAUUUAUAUUUCUUUGUGAGAGGGAUCUUCCAUACAAUUAUGCUCACUGAAAGGACACGCACUCAUUAAGCAUAUUAUUGCAAACAAUGCUUCAAGUAUAGUUCGACAAUAUGUACUAAAUUAAAUCCAUCUACAUCCCAGCUGUUUUUAGCACGCUUAAGGUGUUUGAACACAGUUUUUGCAGUUUGUGAGUAUAUGUCAUUUGCCAAAUCAUGGCAAGAGAAAGGUUGCAGCUCACAAGCUAAAACUCGGCAAGUGAAAAACAUACUGAUGGAACAUUUUGAUUAACAGGUAAAAUUUGACGUUUUCAUAGUUUCCAUGGAAACAUGAACGAUUGAAUACAACCUUAAAAUUUCACUUUUGCGCAGUUCAUUAGAUAUAUAUAAACUUGCCCACAGCUUACUAUAAUUAAUCAUUACUAUUUGAAACUUAUUUGACCAAAUUUUAACAGACGAGUUUUUAGAUAAUCAAUAAUAUAAUUGUACUCUAAUUAUCAAAUAGUCUGUUAAACUUGUUUUUAAUGUUCUCAUUAUUUAAAAUACGAAAAAAGUAAACAUUCUGCCAAAUAUCAUAAAAUUUUGAUGAGUAGAUUUUGAGAAAUCGUCUUCUGUGUACCAUUGCUUUUUUCGCCGCCGUGUUUGUUUGUCCAAUUUAAACACGCGCCAUCACGCAAGUUACCACUGAGCGCCCGCAAAACUGUGUUCGGCCACCUUAAUUGUUAGUCGCAUCCAUGGACGGCGUAUGUUUCAACCAAGAUUUGAGCGUUUCAGAGUUCUGUUCGAAUUCACUAAAGGAUUAUUGUUAGUGUUAAACGUAAAUGAAACCUUUCCUUCAUCUUUUUUUCUUUUAGAUGCCAUUCGAGAUGAUGUCAAAUGCAUCAAAAGUGAAAUUGGAAGCAUCAGCAGUAAGCUGAGAACUUUAGAAACAUUUGCAGCCGAAAUUGAAGGUCAGUCAUCGAAUAGAUUUUUAACCGGCCUUAAUAACAGGCCCUCUGUUUAAUAUGCUCACUGCAUGAAAAAAAGGGACAUCUAUGAGUUCAUUAAUGUAGUAAAACCCUCCUUUUGCCUUUCAUCCUUUAGAUGCCAUCCAAGAUGACCUCAAAGGUAUCAAAACUGAAAUAGGAAGCAUUAGUGAGAAGUUGGAGUCUUUAGAAAUAUCUUCAGCGAGACAUGAAGGUCAGUUCCCAAGUAACCAUUUUCCUUAACCCCGGGCUUUACUUGCUCUAUUACAAUCAACACAUUCAAAUUUUCUAGAUUUCCUUAUUAUUAAUGAUUUCCCCGUCUAAACAAGCUAUCACGGAAUGUCCUCCAUAUAAAGGUUGAGUGUGGUUUACUGCUGAUGUAAUCAAAGGAAGAAAAGCAAUUAUGUUUGACCUUGAUUCCAGUUAUAUUCGCGGUGCGCGACUGCUGCAAAUGAAUUUGACUGACAUAUCCUUAAGCGAUUCUGUUUCAAGUACGAAGAGGUGAUCGUCUUAAAGCACCGACCCUGGUGUUUGGGGUAGAAACGAUCGUCACCCGAAGGGUGACGUCUUCGGCAAACGAAGCUUUUCGAAUAAGGCACGAAGUGCCAGCCAAGAGCCCACGGUCACUUUUGUUCCGAGGUAAGUGUUUUUCAACAAAAGUAAAAACAAAGUGAGCGACUACAAAUGAAUUCACUUCGAUCACAGACAGAGACUUUUCUUGGCGAAUUAAACAGAAUAUUGUUACAGUCCGACCUCUAUUAAGCGGCCACCCUCGGGACUUUGAAAAGUGGCCGCUUAAUGGAGGUUUGCCGCUUAAUACAGGUACAAUAUAAAUUGGAUAGGAAUGGCAGUAAACAUGAUUUUAUUGACUUUAUAUAGCAAAAUGCUUUUAAAAAGUGAACG